AUGGAGAAAUUAAAAAAGCUACAAUCUCAAAGAACUUCUCAAAGAUCACAGGCUAACUCUGAUGAAUGUAAAACCACUGGAGGAGGUGACCACGGAGUUUCCAUUGCUAUUCCAUUUGAGAAAAGAACUACUCAAUUUGGUCAAUGUUUAAUUCCUAAUAAAACUUUAAGAACUAAUCUUACUGUAAUAAUUUCACCUGAUCCACCCACUUUUGGACAAAUUAUUAUUUUCAAUACUUCUGGAAAAGAUGCAACUGUCGGUUUUAAAAACAGAAUGAUUAUUGCUACAGUAUAUGGAUUCAGAUCUGACCAAUAUCUUGUCCAUACUGAUUCCAGUACAUUUUAUAUUUCUCCAAUUAAAGUGGGAAUCGAUUUUAAUGUGCUUACCUCAAGUGGACUGGUACCAAAUGACACUAGCACCAAAGAAUUAGAAUUAAGAGUACUUAUAGAUAUUCAAGAUUUUUCAGCUAUAAUUCAAGUAGGCUAUGCAUGCAUAUACAAAGUUAUAGAGUAA